CCCCCAUUUCUCCAUGUCUUCCUCCUCUCUCCCCUCGGUUUAAGAUACUCCUCUCUGUCUCUCUCUCCUCUCUCUUUCUCUAUCUCUCUGUGAGAUGGGGGCGCGCAAGGCCUUAUCCUAUGAGGAGCUGCGCCAGAAGAAGCUGGAGGAGAACAAGAGGAAGCUGGACGAGCUCAACCUCAGCCAUCUCUCUUCGGUCCUGCGAGAGUCCACCAGCCCCAAGACCCCCCCGGCUAAGCAGACAAAGCGAAAGGUCCCGCAAGAAGGGGGCUUGGUGGUUUUAAGGAGAUCGGAUCGUCUUGCCAACCUUCCACAGCAGCCGCGCUAUCGGGAAGUUGCUUCAGAUAUCGCGGAGAGGCCUAGAAGAAGUUUCAAGAGUAGACAUUUAGCAGAUCGAGUGUACGCCUCAGAUGAAGCAAGGUUGUACGCUCAGACAAAAGCAGAAGAAGUUGAAUCACAACUUGAUCCAAAAUUUCCUACCUUUGUCAAGCCUAUGCUCCAAUCCCAUGUUACCGGGGGAUUUUGGCUGGGUCUUCCUAGGCAUUUCUGUACCAAGCAUUUGCCAAGAAAAGAUACAAUGAUGACUCUGGUUGAUGAAAAUGGCGAUGAAUUCAAAUCUCUUUACCUUGCCCCCAAGAAUGGAUUGAGUGGUGGGUGGAGGGGUUUUUCAAUUUAUCAUGAGUUAGUUGAUGGUGAUGCACUUGUUUUCCAGUUGGUCAAGCCUACAACAUUCAAGGUUUACAUAAUCAGAGCAAGUGGCUACAAUCAGAUUUGAUGCCGACAAGUUUCAUUCAUGCCUAGAGAUAAUGGCGCGCAAAAGAUGAUACCAAGAUGGUGGUAACACGAAAGCAGUUCAUGGUUUCCAUCCAGCAAGCACAUUGAAUCGUUACUGCAAGACGGCCAUUGCUUGCUCAUGUUUUUUUUUACUUUUCUUUUGGGGGAACCGGGGAAGUCUGUUGCUUGCUCAUGUAACUUCCUUUCCAGUGAUGCUGGGAGCUUCUAAAACUUUCUCCUGUAUCGAGAGAUCUAAAGUCAUUAGAUGUAUUACGAUCUUUUGUGUAAUCAUGUCUAAUGAGUAGGUAUGUCGUUUAAAUUACGUUUAGCUUCAUUAAGUGGACCCUUGUUGUUCUGAUAGACCAAGACCAAGUUUCUCUUAUCGCAGAAGUAAAGGAUAGACCGAGUUUCUCA